UUGAUAACCUGAGCAUAGAAACCACUCACAAUCAUUUUUCAUGUUCCACAGUAUUCUGUAGUUCAGCAUGAUGAACUCUUAGGGCCGCUGUUGGCCAGUCUGUGUUAGUAAAGGGAAAGAAGUCAGCAGUACCUCCCCCAUCAUUUCAGAAAGAGAACGAGAGAAAGAAACAAGGAACAGUACAGAAGACGAAAACCAGAGCUCUAAAUGUUAAUUUGGACGGGCGCUGUACUUUUACAUUUGUAGUUCACGACAUAACUGGUGAUUAUAUACAACCCGAGGACAGAAAAAGGGAUUUUCUCUGAAGAAAAAUACGUUUUUACAGGAAUAUCACGCGGUUCACUUCACAGGAACAUGACGGACAGAACAAUGAGACGGCAAGUGUUGCUGUUUAUGUCGAUUCUCUAUCUCGGUUCAACGUUUGGGCAGGUCAGCUACUCCAUUCCAGAGGAAAUGCCCAAGGGCUCUUUUGUGGGUGAUAUUGCGCAAGAUUUGGGUUUGGAUGUGAAAAGGCUAAAAUCAGGAAAAGCUCGCAUUUAUACGGGAGACAGUGCAGAGUACAUCGAGUUAAAUAAAGAAAGAGGAGUCCUCCUUAUCAAAGACAGAAUAGACAGAGAGGCGAUCUGCCCGCAGACAUCGCCCUGUGCUUUGCAUUUCCAGGUUAUUUUAGAGAAUCCCAUGGAAUUUUACAGCAUUGCUGUCGAAGUUACAGAUGUUAAUGACAACGCCCCGUUUUUUAAAAGAGAUGAAAUGAAAUUCAGAAUAAGUGAGUCAGUUGUUACAGGGACAGUAUUUGUGCUUGAUCAGGCAAUAGAUCUGGAUGUCGGUGCAAAUGGUCUUCAGAGUUAUUUGUUAAAGCCAACUGAUAACUUCGUUUUGAGACUGCAAAAUCAAGCCGACGGAAGCAAGAUGGUAGAAAUGGUUUUACAGAAACCUUUAGAUCGAGAAAAACGUGAUCAUUUGUCGCUUGUAUUGACUGCAGUAGACGGCGGUGAGCCGCAGCUUUCCGGGACAGUGCAGAUAAAUGUUAACGUGCUAGAUAGUAAUGACAAUGCUCCACUUUUUACUCAGAAGAUCUAUAAGUCCACCUUAAGAGAAAAUUCACCCGCAGGAACGAUAGUGAUUACAGUUAGUGCAUCUGACUUAGACGAGGGAUCUAAUGGAAAGAUAUCCUAUGCUAUAUUGAACUCUGUUGAUGAUGCAUCUGAAGUAUUUGACAUAAACGGAGAAACUGGCGAGGUUAGAUUGGUCGGAAGCACUGACUUUGAAAAGAAGCGACAGUAUCAAAUACAUGUCCAGGCCAGUGAUGAAGGGGGGCUAACCGAUUCCAGUAAAGUUAUAGUGGAAAUAGUUGAUACAAAUGACAACAUACCUGCCAUAAAUUUCAUGUCAAAGUCCACUGUAGUAACAGAGAACAUUCAGCCUGGCACUGUUGUGACAAUUGUAAAUAUCCAAGAUCCAGACUCAGGUGAAAAUGGUAAAGUGCAAUGUUAUAUUAACGAGAACAUUCCAUUUUCAAUUUCUUCAACGUCAAAUAAUUUCUUCAGUAUAGUUACAGACGGUGAUCUGGACAGAGAGAGAGCCUCUGAGUAUAAUAUAACUGUGACCUGCUCUGAUGAGGGAGUGCCCUCCCUCUCCAGCAGCGUCACUCUCACCUUACAGAUCUCUGAUGUGAAUGAUAACGCGCCUGUCUUUGAGAGGAGCGCAUAUGAGGCCUACAUUGUAGAAAACAACACACCAGGCCUCUCUAUAUUCACAGUGAAAGCCAGAGACGCUGACUGGAACCAGAAUGCCCGUGUUUCCUACAUACUGGAGGACUCCUCUGUUAACGGAGUGCCAGUCUCCUCAUAUGUGUCCGUUAGUGCUGAUAGUGGAGUCAUCCAUGCAGUUCGCUCUUUUGACUACGAGCAGAUCAAAGAUUUCCAGUUCCGCAUCAAAGCGCAGGAUGGAGGUUCCCCUCCACUCAGUAGCAAUGUGUCAGUGAAAAUACUGAUCCAGGACCAGAACGACAACCCCCCUCAGGUUCUGUAUCCAGUCCAGACCGGUGGCUCUCUGGUGGCUGAAAUGGUGCCUCGUUCAGCAGAUGUGGGCUAUCUGGUCACUAAAGUGGUGGCUGUUGAUGUGGACUCUGGACAGAAUGCCUGGCUCUCCUAUAAACUGCAGAAAGCCACAGACAGGGCGCUGUUUGAAGUGGGCUUACAGAAUGGAGAAAUAAGAACUAUCCGCCAGGUGACUGAUAAAGAUGCUGUGAAACAAAGACUGACUGUUAUAGUGGAGGACAACGGGCAGCCCUCUCGUUCAGCUACAGUCAUUGUUAACGUGGCGGUGGCGGACAGCUUCCCUGAAGUGCUGUCAGAGUUCACUGACUUUACACACGACAAGGAGUACAAUGACAACCUGACUUUUUACUUAGUGUUGGCUCUGGCUGUAGUUUCCUUUCUCUUCAUCACGUGUUUAGUGGUUAUUAUAUCAGUGAAAAUCUACAGAUGGAGACAGUCUCGCAUCCUGUAUCACUCCAAUCUCCCUGUGAUUCCAUAUUAUCCACCACGUUACUCAGACACUUUGGGGACAGGGACUCUCCAACACGUGUACAAUUACGAGGUGUGCAGGACGACUGACUCCAGAAAGAGUGACUGUAAGUUCGGCAGAGCUGGUAGUCAGAACGUGCUGAUAAUGGACCCCAGUUCUACAGGGACGAUGCAGCGGAUACAGAACGAAAAGAGCAUCCUGGAUGAACCAGACUCUCCUCUAGAGGUUAGAAUUCAACAUUGUUCUACAUUGAAUUUGACAUAUAAUGCAACACAUAAAAGCAUUGUUUUUAAAUUGAGACGUAUACCAAAUGGUUAUUUUUAGUUGUGUUGAGAAUUUGCACUGAAUCCUCGGUGAUUUUACCACAAAACCAACCGUCUUUAUCUUACCUUUUCGCAUUGUU